AUCACAUUCAGAACGUGUAAUACAAAGUAAUUCCACCACCUCCAUUAUUACUUGCACAUUUAAAUGCUGGUGGAACUCAAGUAACUUUUAAAAAUAUCAUCGUACAAUCACUAAAGUAACUGCAGAAAUGGUAUCUGCAGCUCAGCUGCAAAAAUUCAACAGUGCCAACUACUGAUCAAAUAUAUCCAAUUGAAUGGGUAUUUAUCAGUAAUAGAUUAACCAGAUUCAUGUGUACGUAACAGUCUCGGCGUGGUACGUUGCUGCUGUUAGUUUCAAAGUUCACAUAUGAACUUCUUUUUACACUGCACAUGAGGUUUAUGAAUGAAGUCUGCUCGCAAGAGGAAUUUAAGUGAAAACAAGUGACAGGUUUGUGGAUAAAAGCAUAGACAAUGGCAGACACCAAUGAGAUGACAAUCAACCUUGUUGUUCUUGGAAAAACUCAGACUGGCAAGAGUGCUGCUGGGAACAGCCUGCUGGGCAGCUCAGACUUUGAGAGCCGUGGCUCCCCAAGCUCUGUGACUACAUGCUGUAGCCUCGGACGCAGCUGCUGGAUUUCGGGGAUAAUGCGCAGAAAUGGCUGUGAGCUGGCUCUCCGUGUCCGAGUACUUGACACUCCAGGCUACCCUCACAGUGCUCUGAGCAAGGAGCAGGUGAGAGACAUGGUGGGAUCAGCCCUGGCACAGCACUUCGGGGAGGAAGGCCUGCACCUGGCUCUCUUGGUCCUGCGGGCUGACUUGCCUCUGUGUCCGGAUGAAAGUGACGAUGCAGUUCAGUUCAUCCAGAAACUUCUGGGUCCCACAUGGAAGGAUUUCACUGCAGUUUUACUUACUCAUGCAGACAAGGCAGAAGAAGCUGGAUGCAGUGAAGAAACAUACUUGCACAGUGCCUCAAGUUCCCUGUUGUCACUUUUGAGCUCCGUACAGCAUAAAUACAUUUUCCUAGACAACCAGAGGAGCAUAAUUAAAGAGGAAAGAACCACUGUCCUAAGAAAGCUCUUGAAUUUUGUAAGACAAAAUAAUUAUCAAGUGCUUUCACUUAAAACACAGCAAGGAAUAAAAUAAGCUUUCAGGUGCUCAUUUGUCUAUUUUCUAUGGCAGGUAACAUUUAAUAGAAAUAAAAAAGUAGAAGCCAUCAGUUGGAAAACUCAACAUUCACUCCAAAUACCUUUGAACACACAAUUAGAAAUACCUCUUUAGAUUACCAAACCACUUGCCUUUCAUAUAGUACCUGAGACUACUGCAUCCAGAAUCCUAGCUUCAACCACAAAAUUAGAACAAGUUAGUGCUCUAAAAUC